CGCUACUUGGAGUCUUAAACUGAACCAACCGCCAUAUACCCUUCUGUGAGAAAGAACGCGAGAGAGAGGGAGAUAGUAAUGGCGAGGAGGAGAUUGUUGGUGCUGCUAAAACCGUUCGACGUUUACCCAGCUUCCCAAUCCGACGGCCUGUCUCGCAUCACCAGCCUCCAGCUACGGCACUUGGACAAUAGGCGAAAGGUGCACAAGGAUGCAAUGAACUUUUGUCAGAAUAUUUUGCGGCACAAGCCUGUUGAGUGGAAAGCUCUACUGCGUAACGAUAUAAGGCAGCCCAUCCAUGAUGUGGACCUUGUUAUUACAGUUGGUGGUGAUGGCACCUUACUACAUGCUAGCCAUUAUAUUGAUGACUCUGUUCCAGUUCUAGGAGUGAAUUCUGACCCUACCCGACCUGAAGAGGUGUUCAGGCACAGCAAUGAGUAUGAUGCGACGAGAAGCACAGGCUAUCUUUGUGCUGCAACUGUUGACAACUUUGAACAGAUACUGGACAACAUCAUAGAGGAUCGAAUUAGUCCUUCCGAUCUGAGAAGGAUCUCCAUAGGUGUAAACUCACAAGUGAUCUCAACUUAUGCUCUUAAUGAUAUUUUAAUUGCACAUCCAUGUCCAGCAACACUUUCACGGUUCUCAUUCAAAAUUAAAAGUGAUUACCAGCCAUGCUCUCCUUUAGUGAGCUCUCGAUCAAGCGGUCUAAGAGUUUCAACAGCUGCGGGAGCAACAGCUGCAAUGCUUUCAGCUGGCGGAUUUCCAAUGCCCAUAUUAUCUCAGGACCUCCAGUAUAUGGUAAGAGAGCCCAUUGCAUUAGGAGCAGCCUCAAGCUUAAUGCAUGGGUUUAUUAAUCCUCGACAGUCCAUGGAAGCUACAUGGUUUUGUAAAGAGGGAAUCAUAUACAUUGAUGGUACUCAUGUCCGCUGUUCUGUAAAAAAUGGGGAUCGCAUUGAGAUAUCUUCCAAGGCCCCAGUUUUGAAGGUUUUCUUGCCUCACCGUGUACAGCACGUUAGUGGUUUAUGAGGAGGCCAAGUUACAAUGAAAAAGAUAGUAGAGAAACAUUUUGUAAAUAUGGCUGGUGCAUAUAUGGGGCACUUCCGUAGACAUGAGUCCACGUUUACCUUUUGAUUCUCCGUUUCUGAAGGGAAAUCUACUAAUUUUGGAAUGAUUUUGCA